GUGUAAGUGGACUGUGGAAAGAAAGAGCCAGGCUCAGCAUUUGUUGGGUUAACAAGUUUUUUGCGUGUACAUACAAGAUAAGAAUUACAUUUCACUUUCCUAAAGCAGUUUCGUCCAAGACAGAUAAUAACGCAUAGGUGAAGGUAGCGCUUACCUCUUCGCUAAGAAGCGAGUCGAUCUGAACCGACGGUGCAUAAUUAUUGUGCCAAAACAUCCCGGACAUCAUAGAAAUGUACGUGCAACACGUUUCAAAGGAAAUCACAGUGAAGGCAUUCGAGGCACACUGAAACAAGAAAUGACGUUGAGCUCUAUCGCGAUAUAUCACUGAUUUUCGGCCAAGCUUUCUCAAGUAAAAUUAAACAUCGUAAUAGUAACAUUUACUUCAUUAACUACUGUAAACUCCAAGACGUCACUUUUUUCGCAAGCAGAAAGACAACAUGCAGGACCUGACGUCGGCUACACAAGAGGGCAAAAUCACCGUGAUUUUGCGACUGUAUCUCGAUUUGGGUAUUUUAAUUUGAAAUAUCGAAUAGCGAGCUCUCGCGACAUCACAAAUAAGAGCGCGAACGAUGAAAAAUUUGUCUGUCAUGCAUAGUAAAUACUUUUUUUAAAUGUAUAUUCUACAUAUAGUAAUAUUAUUAUUAGAUAAUUGAAAGGCACCUACCGUAAGUGAUAAAAAAAAUACACUGAAUAGCAUAGUUACUAUUUGAUGCCAUACGUGAAUUUUAGCUAUAAAUGUAAAUUCUAAUAAAAUGCACGAGGAAAUUCAUGCAAUAUUCAUAGUAACAAAUUUUUAUUACACUUAAUAUACCAAUCAUUAAAUUUUAAACAAGAUGACAGGACUAGUCAGAAAGAUUAUGGUAUAGGUAUAGCUAAUAAAAUAAAGUAUAUGUAUAUAUAUGUGCAUGUGUGUGUGAGUGUGUAUAUAUAUAUAUAUAUAUACACACAGCGAAUGGUCGCUUGUCACGUGAUCUUAUCGCUCCCCGCCGCAGCAGAACAUUGCAAAAAUCUGAGAGUUUUUAGGUUACUCGAUUAAGUUUACGUAUAGUUAUAAUACAGUACAGAUGAUAAAAAAUAAUUCAUGUAAAGAUUAACUGCUGACAAGAUUGUGAAAUGGCAGGGAACUCGAGAAGAGUUCUAAAAUCUUUAACGGAACAGAUAAACAAAUCACCAUUGUUAUUUAACGCUAGUACUGCAAUUGGAAAUGCAACUGAAAGAGCACAACAAAAAAUUUCCAAUUUGCAAAACGCAGCCUCUGAAAAAUAUGUCAAUAUUGUCAAGCAAGUAAAUGAUUCUACUAUCAUACAAGAUUUUAAUACUGCUGCCCUGCAACCAUCGACUCCUUUACCAAAGCGACUAGUCAAUUAUUGGCAAUGGUACCAGCAAUUGACAGGAAUGGAUAAAGUUGAACUUGCCAAGCAACAAGUAAUAAUGGUUCAAGACAAGCUUUUCAAAUGUCAAGAUCAACGUCGAGAAUUAACACGUCAAGCAACUUCUGUCAAUGAAAAGUUAAAAGAAAUUUAUAGUGAACUAAUUCAAACAAAAAGAGAUGAUCCCAAAUAUGUACAACUGACAAUCCUAGAAAACAAAGGUUUGCAAGAACAGACAAGAAUUACAGGGCAACUUACACUUUUGGAAGGAGAAGAACGGGAUCAUUUCACACAAUUGGCAACCGCUAUUAAAGAGUAUCAUGAUAGUCAAGCUAUGAAUGCUCAAAAAUAUAAAUACCUUUCAAUUUUGGCAUCAGCGCUUUUAGCUAUAGUUUCCUUAACAGGUUCUAUGGUUUAUAAUAAUAAAAGAAUUAUAGAUGUAAGAAAUGUCAUUACUCAAGCCCAAAGUUCAAUGGAAACUAAUUUAAAUGAAAAAUUUGCAGCAAUAUUAAAACGAAUAGAAAAACAGGAAAAAAAUAUCACAUCAGCUCUUGCCAUACCAGGUUUAACUAGAAUAAGUGCUGCAUCAGCUGAACAUAUACUUGAUCAUAAUACUGUAGAAGAUGAUCUUCCAUUACCAGAUAUAGAAAAAAUUAAACAGACUGGUUAUUAUUUGGGAAUUGCUGUUUGCACUUUAUAUAUUUUACAACAAAUUUUUAGAAGCUGAAACUGCCAAUGAACAAGCUUUUAAGAAUAAUGACAAACUUUGUAGAAAUGUAGCAAUGUGGAAUAUACUUGCCUUGCAAAAGCAUUUAAUUGUCUAAAAUGUAACAUGGUGAUAACAUUUGUAAUAUAUGUAAUUAUUAUAAUGUAAUAUAUAAUAUAUAAGGUACACAACCGCAUGUGAUUAUUAUUUACAGUAAUAAAUACAAUAUUUAUCUUACAAGUAAUUAGAAUGUAAAAAUAAUAACACUUGAUUGUUAAUAACAUGAAAAAUUUUUAUUUCGAGUA